AUGUGGGCGCCGGGCGGCCCGCCGGGGCCCGCGGGCUGGGACCGCCGCAGGGUGGGCGCCAGGCUGCGCGCGGCCCUCGCGGGGCUGCACGAGCUGCAGGGGCUCCGCGCCAGGCAGCAGGCGCGCGUGUGGGGCGCCCUGGCCGUGCAGCCCCCGCCCGGGCCCGCCGCCCCCCGCGGCCCCCGCGCCCACGAGCUGCGGCUGGAGGCGGCGCUGGCGGCGCUGCAGGAGCAGCUGAACCGUUUAAGACUUCAGGACGUCGGCCUGAAAACCCACUUGGACCGUCUGGACCAGCAGAUCAGCGAGCUGCAGCUGGACGUGCGCAGAAGCUCCAGCGAGGCCCCGGACAGCGACAGCAGGCCCAGCUCGGGCUUCUACGAGCUGAGCGACGGCGGCUCCCUGUCCACCUCCUGCACGUCCGUGUGCAGUGACUGCGUGUCCUCCUCGCUGGGCGCUGUGCUGCCUGCCACCCCGAAGGCCAGGCCCGGCGCGGGGGACUGUCGGCCCCGGUCAGCAGAUGAGACCACCGUGUGUGGGGUCCCCCUGCCUGCGUGGGAGCCCCAGGCCAGUGAGGGGGGCGCCGGCCAGCUGCUGCAAGGCGAGUCCCGGCCCCGCCCGGUGUCCACAGGUGACCUUGAAAAAGUUCUGCCGGCUGAAGUGGGGCUCCAGAAAGCCAGGGCACACCCCAAGGCCACUUCCUUCCUCUGCCGUGGCAUGGACCCCAAGUACCAGUGUGACCUGGUGUCCAAGGGGGGAAGGGAGGUGUACCCGUACCCCAGCCCCCUGCACGCCGUGGCUUUGCAGAGCCCCCUCUUUACUCUGACCAAGGAGGCAGCGCCGAGCGAUGGCCACUCGCCCCCCCGUCAGCCCCUCCCUGGCGCCACAGGUCCGAGCUCCGUUCGGACCGGCCUGGUCCUCGAGGCUGGCCCAGCCAGAGCCUACAUAGAGAGGCUGCUGAGAUUGCGGGGCCGAGGGCCCCCCGCAAGGGGCAGUGUGGGUGAGCGCGGAGCCCCGGGACGGGAGGCGACCCUGUCCCCGCAGGGGCUCGGGGGCCGGAGGGCGGACGGUGAAGGUGGCCCGGAGAAGCCGCUGUGCGCCUGGGGCGGAGCAGAGCGGGGAGGGGAGGCCCCGAGCGGGGCCGCCCGCGGGGACAGCCUCGAGCAGCCGGGGCCUGUGCCCCUCGUGCGCACCCUGCACCCCGGCAGCCGCCCGGAGGGGGGCCCCAGACCCUCGCGCGGCUGCGCGCACCGGGAGGCCUAUCCGGGCUCCCCUGGGCUGGGCUGCGGCCGGGCCCCCGCUCCCCGCUCACGGGAUCAGCACCCAGCCCUCCACGGCCGCGCGGGCAGAGGCAGGUCGCCGGGCGGGGGCGCGGGCGGGGGUGCGGGCGGGGAGGGCCCCUCUCGGGCCCCCGGACACUGGGUCCGCCCACACUUUGCUGCCAGAGGAGCUUCCCCCGCGGGGCCCCCCAAGCCCAAGCCUGUGAAGAACAAGAGGGGCGCCGGCGACAAGGCGCCGAGGCUUGGGGGGCCGCAGCUUCAGUGGGGCGCCCUCGGGGGCCCCCAGCCGCCCCCUGAGUCGGGAGGUGGUCUCAGGAGGCCCACCCUGGCCAGGGAGGCGCCCGGCCGGUCCUGCUCUGAGUCCAGCCUCUACCCCGUGUCCCUCUUCGUCCCCCUGCUGGUGGCCCGACGAGAGGGUCACCAGGCGUCAGCUCAGGCCUUGUUCCCCUUGGAAGCGGCCCCGCUGGUGGCGGCCGGGGGGGAGGCCCGGAGGAAGCAGCGCAGGUGGCAGUCCUCCGUAGAGAUCUCGGCCCGGGCCCGCCCGGACCCCAGCCUGGGGCCCCAUAGGCCGGCGGCCCGGAGAGGGGGCGGCCCGCGGCCCGUGUGCGCCAGACCCAGGCCCAGGCUGCCCCGCCAGGACGCCCGAGCCAGGAGCGGGUCCGAGGGCUCCGAGCGCUCGGCCGAGGGCGCGCCCCCGUUCCGCUCCACCGUCGCGGAGAGCAGCGGGGACGAGGCCAGCGACCACACAGCCAACCGCUUCGGGGACGGGGAGUCCAGUGGCAGCACCUCAGAGGGCGGCGGCCAGGGCGGGAAGAGCUCCAGCCGGCGGGCCCCGGCCAGCUCCAGGCCCCCCCUGCCGCCGGUGCCCAGGCUGUGCCGCGUCAAGGCCUCCAAGGCCCUGAAGAAGAAGAUCCGCAGGUUCCAGCCGGCCGCCCUGAAGGUCAUGACCAUGGUGUGAGGUCGCUGGGCGAUAGCAGGGCCCGUCCAGGCCCGGGAGCCACAGACGCAGAGGGACCUU